AUGCCUUCGGCCAAGAUCCAACUCACUCAAUCGCCGAAACCAUUGUCACUACAAAUAGAUGGUUUGAACGCCGUUACCAUCGCUCACGGCGAAGGUAACUCGAAUACAGCCUAUAUCGAAUCAUCGGAGCGCGGCAGCGAUACAUCGAGCGAUGGCCGACGACUAGAUCUUUCCGCUACCACCGUCACAGACUCUCUUUCAAGCCUUGCUUCAUCCUCGACCAAUGGUAAUAAUAGCCAGUCCUCAGAGCUUGGUAACUCUCAUACAUUGAAUGGACAUACAUCGAUACCGUGGGUGGAUCAGGAGUUGUUGGAAUCCCAACUUGCCCCGCACGUGCAGCCGGUCAACGGAAACGCCUCAAUAGAACGAUGGCAACCUUCAUUGUCGCCGAUCAAAGCCGGCAACGCUUCAAUAUCACCGCCGCUUUCACCAAACUUUUCGUACACAAGUUCGAAUUUUAAUGCUCGCUUGACUUCAAGUCAGAAACGUACAGCAGCUGGCGACUUCAAAUCUACUUUAGAUAUCCCCACACCUAACAGUGCCGACGUGAAUGGAGCUACGCGACGGCGUUCGAAGAGCACGGGCUCAUCAGCUUAUGGGAGUAGGAUUGCACAGUUGUCCGUCCAUAUCCGUACACGUCUAUCAUACGCAGCCGCCAAAGUAGAACAGGCCCGACAGUCGCGUGAAGCUACCCCCCAAACUGCAUUCCGAACACACGACAGCGCGUCGCCAUUAAGCCCGUCGGCAUCAAGUGACAUCGCAUCACUACCGGCAGGGAGCUCCACGCCAUUCUCACAAAAUUCCCAAACAUCAUCCAAUGGAAACUCCAAUCAUUUCUCGAGUCAUAGUCGCUCGCGAUCAGCAUUCUUAUCUAAUCAAUUCCUUCCAAUUCCUAAGCUAGCACCACCUGCGGAUAUCAUCUCAUCAAAUGGCCAUAAUCAGCGCCGUCGACCGAACCCUAAUGCAGGCUCCAACCCUUCAAACUACAGCCCUACCUCCCGCCACCGACGCCACCAUUCACACCAAGAGAACGGACUCAUCCAACCACCCAACGGCCAACCAGUUCUAGGGCUAGGGACGCCCUCGCUCUCAUCAUCUUACACAUAUGCACCAAUCUCCACCCCCAAUGGCUUUAACAGGCACCGCCCCCACUCCCAAAACACACUCAUGGAGCAAGAUGCCAUCGAAACCCUCAUGUUCAUGUCUAGCCCCGAGAAUUCGGGGUACCGCUUCAGCCCUCGCCGGCUGCCACCAGCGAGCAUGCAAAGCAGCCUGAACGAGUCGAUCAACUCUUCAAGCGAUGGAGCUCAAUACUAUAUAAUUCAGGGCUCCCAAAGUUCCGAGUCCCACCAUGGUCGUGAACUCGGAAGAAAACCAUGGCUGGAAGCUCAUGCUGGUGAUGAUAUUGAUCGCCUUUUGGAUCAAAUGGACAGUGAUAGCGAGGAUGAGGGUCGAUAUGCGUCGUAUGGUGGGAUGAAUGGUGCACAUCCGUUUAGAGGGCAACAGCGCUCAAGGUAA